AUGGAUCUUGUCGGUCCCGCUCCGCAGAGAAUGAUCCGACCGGCCCCCGCGGCUCGCCGCCCGAGGGGGCGAGGACCCUCUCCCGAUCCGGAUCCCGUGGACAAUCCACCGCUCCAGACCCGCUUCAACACAAAGAAAAAAAAUCACUGCCCAGCCCGGGAAUUUUCUGGGAAAGGAUUCACUCAGUCAUCUGACCUAAUGGCUCACCAGCGAGUUCACACUGGGGAGAAACCGUUCACCUGCUCAGUCUGUGGGAAAGGAUUUACACAGUCAUCUACCCUACUGGUACAUCAGCGAGUUCACACUGGGGAGAAGCCGUUCACCUGCUCGGAAUGUGGGAAGGGAUUUAAUCAGUCAUCCCAACUACAGAGACAUCAGCGAGUUCACACUGGGGAGAAGCCGUUCACCUGCACAGUCUGUGGGAAGGGAUACGCUGACUCUUCCACCCUGCAGAGUCAUCAGCGAGUUCACUCUGGAGAGAGACCGUUCACCUGCUCAGAAUGUGGGAAGGGAUUCACUGAUCCAUCCACCCUACAGAGUCAUCAGCGAAUUCACACUGGAGAGAAGCCGUUCACCUGCUCAGUCUGUGGGAAGGGAUUCACUCAGUCAUCCCACCUACGGAGUCACCAACGAGUUCAUACUGGGGAGAGGCCGUUCACCUGCUCAGUCUGUGGGAAGGGAUUCACUCGGCCAUUCCACCUACAGAGUCAUCAGCGAGUUCACACUGGGGAGAGGCCAUUCACCUGCUCAGUCUGUGGGAAGGGAUUCACUCAGUCAUCCGACCUACUGGUACAUCAGCGAGUUCACACUGGGGAGAAGCCGUUCACCUGCUCAGUCUGUGGGAAGGGAUUCACUCUGUCAUCUACCCUACUGGUACAUCAGCGAGUUCACACUGGGGAGAAGCCGUUCAACUGCUCAGUCUGUGGGAAGGGAUUCACUCUGUCAUCUACCCUACUGGUACAUCAGCGAGUUCACACUGGGGAGAAGCCGUUCACCUGCUCAGUCUGUGGGAAGGGAUUCACUCGUUCAUCCCAGCUACGGAGUCACCAGCGAGUUCACAGUGGGGAGAAGCCGUUCGCCUGCUCAGUCUGUGGGAAGGGAUUCACUCGGUCAUUCACCCUACAGAGACAUCAGCGAGUUCACACUGGGGAGAAGCCAUUCACCUGCUCAGUCUGUGGGAAGGGAUUCACUCGGUCAUUCACACUACAGAGUCAUCAGCGAGUUCACACUGGGGAGAGGCCGUUCACCCACUGAGAAUGUGGGAAAGGAUUCACUCAGUCAUUCCACCUACUGGCACACCUGUCAGCUCACAAUGGGGAGUGGCCAUUGUUAUGAAUCCCUAGGUUUUGUUUGCUGUGGACUGUCAUUUUAAGAGAGAGAGAGAGAGAGAGAGAGAUUAAGAAGGCAAAUCAGUCUGACUUGCAGCUUGUUUACAUCGUGUGCAGCUUGUUUAGUUUUAACCGAGGACACAGACACUCAGAGUCAGACGGAGACGAAGGAGGAAAAAUGGAAGGAUUGAAACCAGGGAACUAGUGGCCAAGGGUCACUGUUUGGAACUUUCCUUUGCCCACAAGGGUGGAUUCACCUUACAUCGAAUGUGUGGCUGUCACCUCAUUUGAUCCAUAGGAGUGGAUCUGAUUUGGGGUAUCCUGUGGAGACUACUUAUGUGUUAACCAUUGCCUGGCUGUGGUGUGGUAAUUCAUUAAGACGAUACCCCUUAUGACAAGUCACUUCGGGUGAUAAUUAGUAUGUGGAUUUGGAAGGAUGACAGAUAAAAUCUACAGUGACUGUUGGUCUCAUUUUACCACCAUGAAAACUGUGGAAUAUGACAUAAUUGCCUUCUCUCAACAUUUACCCUGGAUUACAAAUAUCUCUCUCUCAUCACCUAUUAUGUAGUUGAACUGAACUUUCAUACUUUACCAUCUCAAGACUCCAAGCCUUGUUUCCCCCGAGCUCAAUAGUUUGGGAGUUUUAGUUAUACACAUUUAUACACACAACACUCUCGAGGAAAUCUGCAGAUGCUGGAAAUUCAAACAACACACACAAAAUGCUGGUGGAACACAGCAGGCCAGGCAGUAUCUAUAAGAAGAACUGUUGAUGUUUCAGGCUGAGACCCUUCGUCAGGACUAACUGAAAGGAAAGAUACUAAGUGAUAUGAAGGUAGUGGGGGGAGGGUGAAAUACGAAAUGAUAGGAGAAGACCAGAGGUGGUGGGAUGAAGCUAAGAGCUGGAAAGGUGAUGGGCGAACAUGAUACAGAGCUGGAGAUGGGAGAGGACCAUUGGACAGGAGGCCUCGGGAGAAAGAAAGGUGGGGGGAAGCACCAGAGAGACAUGGAAAACAGGCAAACAAUUAAAUAUGUCAGUGAUGGGGCAAGAAGUGGAAGAGGGGCAUUAACGGAAGUUAGAAAAGUCAAUGUUCAUUCCAUCAGGCUACCCAGCCAGUCUAUAAGGUGUCGUUCCUCCAACCUGAGUUUGGAUUAAUUUUGACAGUAGAGGAGGCCAUGGAUAGACAUAUCAGAAUGGGAAUGGGACGUGGAAAUGAAAUGUGUGGCCACUGGGAGUAGUCUGUUGCUGCUGGUUCGUUUCUAAAGCGUUACGGUUUGUAACAAAAUGGGGCCUGUGUCUGGGAUAGGAACAAAUUUAAGGAUUGAUUUAAUAUCGAUUUCAUUGGGGAAAGCCCUUUUGAUUUAUUUGU